GGCGGAGGAAAAGCUGGAGGUGUAGAGGAGGAGAUAUAGGUGGAGGGGCAAGGAGACAUGGUUUAGUAAUACACACACACACACUCAGGCGCGCGCACACGGAUAGAGUGUGGCGAGGAGACACAGAGGACAUAAACGUGACGAGGCAGCCUAAGAGCUGUUAUGCAACCGCUGACCUACUAACACAUAUUUCUAGAAAGGGAGCCGGAGAAACUAGAGCAAAGAGUCCGACGGCACACAACACACAGGCAGCAGAGCCAAGAGAGACCCGAGCCGCCUUCACCCGAACCACACGGACCACGACAACUACCGACCACAGCGGCACCGACAGGGAAAAACGGAGAAGAGGAAGAAAGUUUUGUCAUUUUUCCCCCGUUUUGUUGAGAGGUUUCUUGUGAAAGGACAGGGAGCGAAAGGAAACGGGAGCGAGCCAGCUUUUGUGUCGGGGAAGCCAGAAUCUUUUUUUCUCUCCUCCUUCAGGACAAAGGUAGUGGUCAGCAGACAGCACGACCGACUCUUCGCCCUCAGGGAGCCCUGAAGUACACAGCUUGACCUAUAUCCUGUGUAAGACACUGAGAAUAACACAACAAGAGGCCUGGCAGACAUCACAGUUCUGCUGAAGACUGAGGAGACGCCAAAACACUCAAAAUCACCUCGAGCAAGUCUCCAAAAAAGUCCUUGAACGUUGGAUCAAGUCAACUGGACGACACUCAGCUUAAAAUCUCAAGUUGUGGAUUUUUUUAGGCUAUCCGUACACAACACAAGUUCAAUGGUUUUUGUGGAAUUCCACCUCUUUUUAAUCUUCCUUGCUAAUUUAGACACUUGAAUGUUUUGAUUCUGAAAAGCAAAGCAACAGAAAUCAAUGAGGCUUUUCCUUCAAGGAGCACAAAUACCUCAUCCAGAAAUUUUUGCUGAUCCUGCGACAUAGGUCACACUACUUACCAACAAAGCGGAAGGCUCUUACUGUACUGUUCUACAUCUUUUCCCUCCCCCUUUGCCCUUUGCUAGAGUCACACUCUGGCCCCCAGCUGAGAAAAACAUGGAAAGUCUCAGUCUGCACCUCUCAUCCACCAGCAACAAAAACAACAUGGAGAUAGACAAUUUUUCUUCCUACAGUGGAAGCAUUCCAUCCCCUGGUCCUGACGAUGGAGCACGAAUCAGCCGCCAGGGUAAAGGUAGCAAGUCUAAUGGGAGUUCCCGUCGCAAGAGAGAGUUCAUUUCUGACGAGAAGAAAGAUGCUUCCUAUUGGGAAAAACGGAGGAAGAACAAUGAAGCAGCCAAGCGCUCAAGGGAGAAGCGUCGCCUUAAUGACAUGGUGCUAGAGAACCGGGUCAUGGCACUGAAUGAGGAGAAUGUUCGUCUGAAGACAGAACUCCUUCAGCUCAAGUUGCGUUUUGGCCUCAUCAGCACAGCCUCCUACAUGGAGAAAAGCCAGCAGAUCUCCAACAGUGCUGCUGCAGCUUGCAACACUGGUAGCAAUGGUAGCAUCACCCCAAAUGGUAACACCUACCUCUCAAGCAGUGGAUAUUCCAGUGCAUCCCAGGUGAUGCUGAAUUCUGAUUCCUCUGAACCUGAACAGUCGAGCCAUGGUGAACGCCACACCAACCUCCACAACUACUCUCCCCGGGGCUCCAUCUCAGAUUUGUCUGACGCCUCCUCCAGGGACAGCCCAGAACCGAUGGACUACAAGGUAAAAAAGGAGCCCUCGUGUAUGGAGAUGGCUCAGCUGGAAAGCAACGAUGGGCUUGCUAAUAGGAUACCAAAUGGAAUGCCAACUGGGGCUUACCAUGGCAACCACAGUCCUCUGGUUUCCCCUCACCAGCAGAGCACUCCAGUGGCUGAAAGUGCCAUGGACUACCAACACCACCAAAGGCAGCAGCAGUGCCACAUGGAGGCAUCCAGUCCAGCUCCUCAGGCCACCUCUGCUCAGCGGAGCGUCAUCUUGUACCGCUCCAGCAGUGGUUGUUACCCUAUGGAAAGCCAGAGGUCAGAGGACCAGCAGGUCCAGCAGAGCAGACCGACUCAGCAUUGCCAGAAGACCCCAGCCUCCAAGUUCUCUGAUUGUUCACUGACCAUCACAGAGGUCGCAGAGAAGCUGGAGAGGACAAAGACCUUGGAUUCACCUCAGUAUGAAUAUGCCGAUAGUUAUGACGAGUCUGCAGAGGAGAUGCAGCAAAGGUACAAUCCCAAUGAUCAGCAGCAGCAUGGCACCCGUCAUCAUUACUGCUACCAGGUUCAGGAGAACAGUUCUGAGCAUUCAGAAAGCCACCAGAACCCCUUCGCCCCUGAUCUGAUCCACAAUACUGAGGAGGGCAAGUCCUCCUUUGCGCAGCACAAUGGCUACCUCAACACACUCGAUGAAGAGCCCCCCGUUCUCACCUAUGAGGGAGGACCUCAAGCGAGUAGCUUCUACCAGGAGAACUCCUCAAAAGACACUUCCUCCAGUGAUGGGGACCCCCGUAGCUCUGACAAGGAGGGCUCCACAGAUGAUGAAUCCCCCUCCUCAUCCUCCUCAGACAUUAGCAGCUACCACCAGAAGAUGGUGAAAGCUAUCAGUUCACAUGGAGAGUGCCAAGCCGAGUUCAAAGCUACAGCUCUGCCUCACAAGCUCCGCCUCAAAUACAGAGCCUACUCAAGUGGGGCAUCAGGAGCGCAGGUAGAUGGCCCAGUCAAUGCCUCCAUGUCCCCCUCACCCACCUUGCCCCAGCACCCUUACUUAGCUCUACCAAACAACCCUCACAGUAGCCAGGCCAGUGGGGAGAGCAAAGAGGGGGAGAAUGAGACUGAUUAUGCAGAAGAGGAUACAUCUCCUGUGAACCAGAGAGCAGAAGCGAAAAAGGACGGAGGAAUUAAGGGAUCCAGCAGCGGGAGGGGUGGACGAAGUAAGAGGCGAGAUUAGGGACAAAUUAAGUGCAACUCAAGCAUUUUCCUUUACUACGACUAACUAAUGGACAUACGUCACCACCUUACAAGACAGAAACGAAGCCACACAUCUGUGCGGUGUAGUCAAGUUGUGAUUUCACCAUCCAGUUUCACUGUGUCACCCAUUUCCCUUUCCCUUUCUUCUUUCCUACCUCCCAUCUGUCCAUCCAUUUAAAAUAAUAGGUCUGGGAUAUUUCCUUUGUGAAAAUGACAAAUAAUAUAUAAUGAUAAUUCAGUAAUUGAUUGUUGGAAACUGCAUUGGUGGCUAGCACGUGUUUACUAUGGCAUUUUGGGAACAUUCCUUAGACCAAAGAUAUACAUCCUUCCAUGUUUGGCAAAGAGUGAAAUUCUUGCUCCCUCUGAACACAUCCGCACCAUCUGUUUUUUCACCCUUAUUAUCAUCCACACACAAGCCCUUCUUAAUUCUGAAGCACUUAGAUUGUAUAUUACUGUGACAUAUAAAUUUGCAUAUAUGGAAUAUAUUUUUUAAGAACAAAAACGUGGUAAAAAAUACAAAAAAAAUUCAGUAGUGGGAUAUGGAAGAUGUUAGACUAAAAAAAAGGUGAUCAGUUUGUUCCUGUCGAGACACCAUGUACAGCCCUUCUUUGACUAGACGAUGCCUCAAAGAUUAAUUCAAAAUAUGAGCCACAACUUGUUUAAAAAAAGAACAAAAAAAGUAAAAAAAAAAAAAAAAAGGUACACAUUCAGGUGAUCCAAGCUGUUUGACGCUGAAAGCGUGUCCAAACAGUCUAGGCCAGUUAUUGUCGUAUCAAACGAGGCUAUGCAGUCGCACGUUGCUGUUGGCAAAACCUGACAAGCACAAGGCGAGGCCUUGUUUGCCAGCCGUUCAACAGAGAUCAAUACGUCUUUAUUUUCCAGACAGGUCGUCUGUCUAAUAAACAAAAUGGCUCUCUCAUCGCAACCAGCGUAGCUGCUCUCUCUCUCUCUCUCUCAUCAUAAGGUGCCUCUUUAUUGUGUUGUCCCUCGUCACCUCAUUGGCCGACGUCUUAAUGAUCCCACUCACCUCUGCACUGAGUUGUUUUAGCUACAGUAGCUGCAGUAGAUCACACAGUCUGUACAAGUGUAACUGUUUUACUUCCUGGUGCCUGCCUCUGGUCACUAUGUAUAAAUGUAAAGUUGUCUCUCUAUCUCUUGUAUACUGCUGUCAUUAUUUUAUUAUUAUUAUUUUAUUAAUAUUGUUAUAAUUUUCUAUUGUAUUUUGUUUUUUGUUUUUUUUUGGAUAUUAUUAUGUGUAUUUUUCUGUCAUCUUGUUGUGUCAUUUUUGCUCUACACUCUUCCUGGUUGUGCUGUGUAUUUACCCCCCACCCCACCCCACUGCCCUUUGCCCCCGUUACCAUUUGUACUACGUGUUACUGUAUAACCUUUGCUGUUUGCCGAAAGGCUUUCUGAAUUUUGAGAAAAAAAAGAAAAGGCUUGUCCAGAAGUGAUAAUGUAUUGCUAUACUUCGAGUGGAUAUGCAAAAAAAUGGUUACAAAAAACAACCCGUUUUUGAACGUGUGAAAGAUUCAAAAAUGGGGGAAAGAAAAUAAAAGGUUGUUGACUUUAAA